CGAGCGUCCCUCUGCUAUCCAGCAGCGUGCCAUCAUGCCCAUCAUCAAGGGUAGCGAUGUCAUCGCCCAGGCCCAGUCCGGUACUGGAAAGACUGCCACUUUCUCCAUCUCCGCUCUGCAGAAGCUCGACCCCAACGUCAAGGGAUGCCAGGCCCUCAUCCUUGCUCCCACCCGUGAGUUGGCUCAGCAGAUCCAGAAGGUCGUUGUCGCCAUCGGUGACUUCAUGAACAUUGAGUGCCACGCCUGCAUUGGUGGUACCAACGUUCGUGACGACAUGAAGGCUCUCCAGGAGGGUCCCCAGGUCGUUGUCGGUACCCCGGCCGUGUCCACGACAUGAUCCAGCGCCGUGUCCUCCGCACCGACCACCUGAAGAUGUUCAUCCUCGACGAGGCCGAUGAGAUGCUUUCUCGUGGUUUCACCGAGCAAAUCUACGACAUCUUCCAGCUCCUUCCUCAGUCCACCCAGGUCGUCCUGCUGUCUGCUACCAUGCCCCAGGAUGUCCUGGAGGUUACCACCAAGUUCAUGCGCGACCCCGUCCGUAUCCUGGUGAAGAAGCAGGAACUCACCCUGGAAGGUAUCAAGCAGUUCUACAUCGCCGUCGAGAAGGAAGAUUGGAAGCUCGACACCCUGUCCGAUCUCUACGAGACCGUCACCAUCACCCAGGCUGUCAUCUUCUGCAACACCCGCCGCAAGGUCGACUGGCUCACUGACAAGCUGACUGCCCGUGACUUCACUGUCUCCGCCAUGCACGGUGAUAUGGAGCAGUCUCAGCGUGAUGUUAUCAUGAAGGAGUUCCGCUCUGGUUCUUCCCGUGUCCUGAUCGCCACCGACCUUCUGGCUCGUGGUAUCGACGUCCAGCAGGUCUCCCUGGUCAUCAACUACGACUUGCCCGCCAACCGUGAGAACUACAUUCACCGUAUCGGUCGUGGUGGUCGUUUCGGUCGUAAGGGUGUUGCCAUCAACUUCGUCACUGCUGACGAUGUCCGCAUGAUGCGUGAGAUCGAGCAGUUCUACAGCACCCAGAUCGAGGAGAUGCCCAUGAACGUUGCUGGUAAGUUCAACUUGUGGAGUCUGGACUUGAUUAAAUGUAUGCUAACAUGCUGUCAGACCUUAUCUAAACGCCCCAACCUCGAGUUACCACCCGCAUCUUUUAUGAUGCGGCUCACGAUCGCAGUAUGCCAAUAACGUGCCAAGGGUAAGCUGCGGUGGAAAAAGGCGUUUUUUAACAUCGUUGCUUGUCUUUUGGCGAAGGAGAAUCCUUUAAAAGUGGCUU